UGGACCGGCCUCAGCUUCAGGCGAGCUGUGGGCCAAUCAGUGCAGGCGCAGAUGCAGGCGGCGGAGACAGUUUCGCGCACCGGUGAACCGAGAGGAGCAGAGAGGGACAGGCAUCGCGAGUCUGCAGUGCAAAUCCGCUUCUAAUCUGCAAAAGAGAUCAUGGACGUGGAGAAGAAAACCACAGAUUUCUCAGGGAAAUGGAAAAUGAAGUCUUCGGAAAAUUUCGAGGAUCUCUUGAAAGCUCUGGGCGUGAAUGUGUUCCUGAGGAAGAUCGCAGUGCGAGCGGCCUCCAGCCCGGCGGUGGAGAUCACCCAGCAGGACGAGAGUCUGUCCAUCAAGACGUCCACCAGCGUCCGCACCACCCACGUCUCCUUCACCGUGGGGCAGUCCUUCGACGAGGCCACGGUGGAUGGACGUCCCUGCACGAGUUUCCCGAAGUGGGAAACAGACAGCAAGAUCAGCUGUGAACAGACCGUCCAGAAAGGCGACGGGCCCAAAACGGCGUGGACCCGAGAGCUGACCAACGACGGAGAACUGAUACUGACAAUGAUUGCAGGAGAAGUCGUCUGCACCCGGCUGUAUGAGAGGGAAUGAGGAAACAGUUUCCAGACUGCGAUUCAACACUCAUGUUUCGUGCCUCAUGGUUUGCAUUUACUCAACUUGCUUACUUCCUCGUCCUCCUCCCAGCCAGUCAGAAGUUUCUCUGGGUAGACAAAGGCCUCAUUUGACACUUUUAGAACACCAAAGAUGCCUGAACUUGCUCCUUUUAUGUAUCAUAUAGAAAUGACCCACAUUCCUUUAACUCUGGGCCUUUUUUUAACGCGUUAAUAAAUUGUUUUACAUGA